AUGGCCGCCUCUCAGAUGUUGUGGGAACCCCAAAAUGUCGAGCAGACACAGAUGUACGCCUUCAAGAAGCACAUCGAGCGCAAAUAUAGCGUCUCACUUGGUCAGUCCCCUUAGGCUCAUUUGAAGGUGGAGCGGUUGACGAUUCGUUCCGGCGGAAUGAUGCGUUGCCCGUCCAACCGUCGCCCCGACCUCCUGCCGGAGGACAUGCAUACGUAGCAAUCUGACGCGGAGCGUGAACUUACUCUGGUAUCUACCACCUGCGCCACAGAUGACUAUGCCGCGCUGCAUCAAUGGUCCAUCGACAAUAUCCCACAGUUUUGGGAAGAGGUAUGGGAGUGGACGGAUCGGCCCGUCGUAGCCAGUCGCAAGUGGGAUAAGGUAAGUGCCAGCAAGGUCGCCGUUCUGUGUUUCAUAUUUCGAACCACACUCUACGAUCGGUAGUGUCCUCGUUCUCGAUCGCGAUGUAACAACACCCAGCCCGACGCGGCAUCUGUCCGCAAGCGCGAGCGCGACUCGGAACGCGCCCACUCGGGCUGCGCACCGCGGUCGGCACCGGUGGCUGAGCUGGCAAGCGAUACCUACGGGUGGAGCAUGGCUUAUGGACAUUGCAGUGCAGCUGCGCCAAACGACGGGUCGUGUUACUCCUCGACAUCCUCGUUUUACCUGACACUUGCCCUCCUUGUCUGCGCUCAUGCCGUGCUUUACGAUGAACGGCUAUGUUGGUCUUGUCACGUGCCGGACUUUCCCGCUCCGCAGGUCAUCGAUCUCACCGUUCCAAUGCAAGCGAUUCCUGCUUGGUUCGAAGGCGCGCGGUUGAACUGGGCAGAAAACAUGCUUCGCCCUGAGUUCCGAACGAGCAAUAAGAUCGCACUCAUCCAAGUCGGUAAGUUUCUCGGCCGCUCAUUCGAAAAUCUCUCACCGAGCUGACUUCUACUCCACGCGCUUCGCCUUUUCUGUACUCUCCAGUGGAGCCCGAACCUUCCGCGCCUUUGUCCUACACCCGCAUGAGUUAUGCCUCACUCUAUUCGAUCGUUCAUUCGACGUCCUUGGCACUUUCUGCUAAAGGCCUGAAGCCGGGGGAUAUUCUUGGCUACUACGGCCCGACGUCGCUUGCAAGCGUCGUCUUCUGCCUCGCUGCGACGUCCCUCGGAGCGAUCUGGUCUUCCGCUGCCAGCGAUUUUGGGUCCAAAGGCGUCUUGGAGCGAUUUGAGCAGUUCGGCGACAACCUCUUCGGUAUCGUUUGCGUCGACGGCGUGCGGUACAACGGCAAACGCAUCGACCAGCGCAAGAAAGUUAACGACGUACUCGAAGGGCUCCGAAAAAAUCGAGGCGAGAGAGCACUGCCUGUCAUUCUUGUUGACUACCUGCAAGAAGGUUUGCCGGAGCCGAGCCAGGAAGGGUGGACGUCGGAGUUGACCUUGCGGAGUGAGGGAGAGGAGAUGAAAAGAAAAUCAGGGGCAGAGAUGGAGUUCUAUCAAACCAGCUUUGACCACCCUCUCUGGGUUCUCUUCUCGUCGGGCACAACUGGAAAGGUGGGAGGACUUCCGUCUUGACCUUUUGACACUUGCCACCGAUUGACAAACGGGCAGUACUGAUGUCAUGACUUCACAUUUUGCUCCGCCAGCCUAAGCCGAUUGUCCACCGAAGCGGAGGGAUGCUGCUUCAAUCUAAAAAGGAGCACAUGAUCCAUGGCGACUUGUCCGAAAAGGAUGUAUUCUUCUACUACACCACGCCUGGGUGGAUGAUGUACAAUUACCUCGUCUCGGGCAUGCAGACUGGUGCCUCCGUCAUUGUCUAUGACGGUUCACCGCUGUGGAAACCGGAGCUUCUGUGGCAGAUGGCCGAUGAGCUUGCUGUCAGCGUUUUUGGGACCGUAAGUCCCCUCUACCACACUGCACUAGGUUUUGGCUUGGCUGGCGUUUAGGUUCGUUUAUGUUCUUUCGUGCAGUCUGCCAAAUACAUUGAUGUACUCUCCAAAGGAUAUUCCCCCAAUCAACACUUCAAGCUUGCGGCUUUGCGACAGGUGCUUUCAACCGGGUCACCUCUCAAGCCCGAAUCUUUCGUCUGGGUGUACCAGAAUAUCAAGAAGAAUAUCUUGCUCGGUUCUAUCACUGGUGGUGAGCUAUCCGCUAUUGUAUGGCUUGUCAGAUUAGCGAACAGCCGCUGACCGCGACGAUCCGAACAGGCACCGACAUAUGCUCGCUGUUUGCGGGUCACAAUGCCAUGCUGCCCGUCUAUGAAGGUGAGAUUCAAUCUCUUGGCUUAGGCAGUGAGUGAUUCCGUAUUUUUUUCUCGCUAUCGAAGGCAACACUGCAUCCUGACUAUAGCAAUGUAUUUGACAGUGGCGGUGGAAUCUUACUCCGAUGAUGGCAAAUCUCUUCCGAGAGGCGAGCAAGGGGACCUUGUCUGCACCAAACCCUUCCCGUGCAUGCCGGUGUACUUCUGGAACGACGAAGGAAACGCGCGUUAUCAGGCGUCUUACUUUGACAAGUUUGAGGGGGUGUGGGCCCAUGGUGAUUUCUGCAUCAUCACUCCGAGCCAGAAGGGCAAUGGAGGCGGCUUGUUGAUGCUGGGUCGUUCGGAUGGUGUUCUCAAUCGUAAGUCUCCGCUCAGCAACUUCAGCAAUCAUCAAUGUGGAAUUGACGAACGAGGGUGUAUUCUGUUGCACAGCAUCGGGUGUGCGCUUCGGUUCAUCCGAGAUUUACGAAGUCAUGGACACGUUCCCUUCAUCUAUGAUUUCGGAUGCACUUGUUGUGGGACAAAAGACGCAAGGCGGCGCAGAUGAGCGUGUCGUUCUCUUCGUCAAGGUUGCCUCCGGCCAGGCGUUGACGGAUGAAAUGGUGAAAGAGAUCAAGCUCAAGAUCCGCAGUGCAAGAAGUGCACGUCACGUUCCGGAGCGUAUUGUGGAGGUGACGGAUGUGCCUUAUACCGUCAACGGCAAAAAGGUCGAGAUUCCCAUUAAAAAACUCCUCACCGGUGCACCCCUCAGUUCUAUCAACUUCGCCACCUUAAGCAAUCCCGAGUGCCUCGAGGAGUACGUUCAGCUCGGGCAGAGGCUUCGAGCCGAAGUUGCAUAA